AAUCCGCCCGACCGGCAGCCGAUCCCUCCGUCGUGCCAUUCCUUGCUAGGUCGAUAACUGCGCCGUUUUCUUUUUGUGUCGCUACAAAUUUGGCUUCAUCCAACAUCGAAGCUCGGACCAGAGCAUAGCGGGUGACUGAAUCAGGCGGGCAACAAUCUACGGACAUGGACGAGGAGAUAGAGGAGGGAAUGCUCAUAGAAGACGAGACCGAUCCCCCGCCACCAGACGGCGAUACGGGCAAAAUGUCUCCCUACGAAAUGCUCCGAGAGAGCAAAAGUUCUGUGGAGGAGAUCGUCACCAAGAUGCUCUCCAUCAAGAAGCAUGGCGAGCCUAAAACUCAGCUCAGAGAACUCGUUACACAGAUGUUCCUUCACUUCGUAACCCUUCGCCAGGCCAACCGAUCUAUUUUGCUGGAAGAGGACCGAGUGAAAGCUGAAACAGAGCGAGCAAAAGCUCCAGUUGACUUCACGACUUUGCAACUUAACAACUUGAUGUAUGAAAAGAGUCACUAUGUUAAAGCUAUAAAGGCCUGCAAAGACUUCAAAUCAAAGUAUCCUGAUAUUGAACUUGUGUCUGAGGAUGAGUUUUUCCGGGAUGCACCCGAAGACAUUAAGAACUCCACGAGGUCAAAGGACAGCGCGCACAAUCUGAUGCUGCAGAGGCUUGACUAUGAGGUUUUCCAGCGCAAAGAACUUUGCAAACGGCGAGAUGAACUUGAACAACAUAAGAAAAGUCUUCUAGAAGUCAUUGCUAAUAGAAAGAAAUUCUUGUCAAGUCUUCCCUCACACCUCAAGUCCUUGAAAAAGGCAUCCUUGCCCGUACAGAAUCAGUUGGGAAUAUUGCAGACAAAGAAAUUAAAGCAACACCAACUAGCAGAGCUACUUCCACCUCCUCUUUAUGUAAUCUACUCCCAAUUCUUGGCACAAAAGGAAGCAUUUGGCGAAAACAUAGAAUUGGAGAUAGUAGGAAGUGUCAAAGAUGCCCAAGCUUUUGCACGCCAUCAAGCAAAUAAGGAAACUGGUGCAUCGACCAAUACCGAGAGCAACAAGUUGGAGGAUGAUGCCCUUGACGAAGAUGAUGAUGGCCAAAGGAGGAGAAAACGGCCAAAGAAGAUUCCCGCUAAGGUGGACAUUGAGCAUGCAGGGAUAUAUCAAGUUCAUCCCUUAAAGAUCAUCCUUCAUAUAUAUGGCAAUGAAACAUGUGAACCCAAGUCAAUGAAAUUGCUUUCUCUGAAGUUUGAGUGGUUGUUAAAAUUGAACGUUAUUUGUGUUGGGAUUGAAGGAUCUCAUGAAGGUCCUGAGAAUAACAUCUUAUGCAACUUGUUCCCUGAUGAUACUGGCCUUGAGCUGCCUCACCAGUCAGCCAAGCUUGUUGUUGGUGAAACUAUUGCAUUUAGUGAUAAGAGAACCUCUCGACCAUAUAAGUGGGCCCAACAUUUGGCUGGGAUUGACUUUUUGCCAGAAUUGCCACCGUUGGUGAGUGCACAAGAAUCUGCUGGUGGUGAAACUGUUAGAAAUGAUAUUGUAUCAGGCCUCUCAAUGUAUCGUCAGCAAAACCGAAUACAGACAGUUGUGCAAAGAUUACGCUCUCGGAAAAAGGCUCAGCUGGCUCUUGUGGAACAGCUUGAUUCACUAGAAAAACUCAAAUGGCCAGUUCUGACAUGUGAUGAUGUCCCAUGGGUUUUGCAUAAACCUUUAUGCUGUCUGCAAGAUUGGUCGCUCGUAGGUUACUCCACAAGGCAGGCAUCAUCUCUGACUACAAUGGAGAAAGAGAAAGUUCAGGAUCCAGUAGAUGUUGAUAUGGUUGGAAAAUCUGGCAUUUCAAGAGAGGAGAUUGACGGUGCUAGGGAAGAUGGGGAACUUCCUGCGCUAGUUUCAUCUACAUCUAUCUUAAAUAAUGCUCAAGUUACUCCCUUAAAAACAUCCAAUCUUGAGCAUUCCAAACAGUUGACUCUAAUUUCCAAAAGCAUUACACCUCAAACCAAUUACUCUAGGGUGCUAAGUUUCAAUAAACAUGAUGAAGAUUAUGAGUUGAUGCUAGAUGUUGACAGCGACCAGGAUGAGCCAGUGCAAACUGAGCUUGCAGCAGAUGAUUUGGCGUCUGUUCCUUCCAACGACAUAACAACAAAGACAUGGAUGGAUUACGGGUCCAAGGAAUAUUGCCUUGUUAUUACCAGGAACACUGAGCCACCUGCCAAAAAUCUUAAAUUGCAAGCGAAGAUUAAAAUCAGCAUGGAGUACCCUCUUAGGCCUCCUGUCUUCACUUUGAACCUCUACACGAUGAAUUCUGAAGAAAACUCUCCUGACUCUGAUUGGUAUAAUGAACUUCGGGCCAUGGAAGCUGAGGUGAAUCUCCAUAUACUUAAGAUGCUGCCUUUGGAUCAAGAGAACUACAUAUUGUCUCAUCAAAUUUGUUGUCUUGCUAUGUUGUUUAACUACUGCAUUGGCGAGGAAUCCCUGUUCUCUGAAAGGAGAAAGAGCAGUUCUGUCAUUGAUGUUGGAUUAUGCAAACCUGUUAGUGGUAGUUUACAUGCCAGAUCAUUUAGAGGAAGGGAUCGUAGGAAGAUGAUAUCCUGGAAAGAUAUUGAAUGCACCCCGGGCUAUCCAUGCUAAGAACUUUUAGGAUCUUAACAAUAUUAUGUUAGCACCUCCUGCUACUGUUGCUGGUGGAAUCGUUGGAGAAAGUUUGCCUGCCUGAAAAAUAUGAAGAAUGAGAUUAUUUCUUUUUAGCCAGUUUCUCCAGUAUUGAAAUAUUGAUUGAUGUAGUGCGAAUGGGUGUUUAGAUGCCUGAUUCCGCAGGACGGUCGACUAUAGGUAGAUGAUCCGCAACCUCCUUGAUCUAAUACAAGCUUGAAUGUUCUGCCAAACCGAUCAUUUUCUUCCUAGUGCAUUUGUUUAUGUUCCAAUGAGAUCGUCUAUUGAAUAGACUCUUCGGAAAUGUUCCAACAGGCUCACAAUUCCCAGCAUUUCAAUCACAGCAUUUUAAUCGCAGCUUGAGGCAUAAUUUUUCACGUCAUGGAAACUGUUGUAGGUUAAGGCUUAUGAGUUACUACUGUAUUACUUGACAUCCACAAUUGUUGCCAUUCAAUUUUAUUGUCGCCUAGUUUAAAAUAAUGUAAACAAUAGAAGAAUGAUUUUUAAAUGAUUUGUUAUGGUAAAGUGGUUGUGUACUCAAAAA